AAGCAUGAAGAAGAGAUACCUUCCCUGCUCUGGGGGUUAGAUCCUGUAUUUUCUGCUUUUGCAAGACUCUAUAUUAAAGAUAUAAAAGAAAUGAGAGAAUCCAAGCAAGUUCCAGCAUUAGGAUUUGAUGCAACAAUGACUAAUCCCUUAAAAGAACACAGAGGAAAGCAGUAAACCUGUCCAAUUACUCUCCUGCUAGAAAUGGUGACAAGAGGCUGGAAAACCACCCAGAAAAACACAGCAGUUGUGUUGACUUAGAGGCCAUGAAAGGAGAGUGGGUGUCAAACUCAGUUGUAACACAUAAUCACACCACGGAAAUGUGUGCAGAGCUAUCAUGCAGUACAGCAUUGUGACAGCUUAUCAACAAGCAAGGGAAGCUGCAAAUAACACAAAAAGAGGUAUAUUCUUCUAUAAUGGACAUCCAGUGAGACAGGUGGAUGUUGUUGGGAUGGUGGUUCAGACUAAAGAGCGAGAAGCCUUUCACAGUUAUGGAGUGGAUGAUAGUACUGGGGUUAUAAAUUGUAUCUGCUGGAAAAAUCCCAUGGUAGCAGAAAGAUCUUUAUCAGAGUGCCCAAGCACCCCCAGCAGUCUUAAAGUGCUUGAACAGAUGAAGAAAUUCCAGGAAAUGGUGAGCCAGAAAACCAGGCUGGAGAUUGGGGAUGUCAUCAGGGUCAGAGGUUACGUCCGGACCUUCAGGCAGCAAAGAGAAAUUCAGUCUUCAUGUUUUUAUAAGGUGGAUGAUCCUGUGUGUGAUGUUCAGAUUUCAAGAAUGUUGGAGCUCCCCUGCCUGUAUAGAGAAGUUUAUGAUAAACCUUUCCAAAGCCCAGGGGCAGGACAGAGUGGACCAGAAGGUUUGGAUUUCUUAAUCCAAACGCUGCAUGAGAAAGUAAGAGAUUUCCUACUAGAAAACAAAAUUCAGACCUUUUACCAGCAGGAGUUGGAAACAAUUCAUUCUCUGGUAUCCCUAGCUGAUGGGCCUAAAUCUAGUCCCAGCUGUCAGGUGAAUUCAGGAAGUGAAUCCAGCUCCAAAAGGAUUCACAGUGUUUUCAAGGAAGCAAUAAAGAAACUACAAGAAAAAGGAGUGGUUUUCCAAAAACCCAGUACCUCCAAGGACCUGUACUACCAUGUGACCGACCACGAUAAGGAGCUGCUUAAAGUGACCCUUGAUGUGAUUAAAGAAGACUGUCAAAAACCUAGGCAUGCUGAAAAAGGCUGCCAUUUUCUUCAUGUCCUGAGUUGUGUUCGACAGAGUUACAAUCCCAAUCUGGCUGAAGUGGUGAUGCAGCGUGUUUUGGAACUGCUGGAGAGCAACAGCGAUAUUGUCAGCACUAUGGAAGGAUAUUAUAUGGCAUUUUAAAGAGGGAAGAUAAGAUGCAUUAGUUCUUGUCCAGUCAGGAUAAAGUAAAGAAUAAGGAAUGUCUGAAACAGAACUCUGGCACGUAAAAGCUCUUACCUACUGUGCUCUCAGUGGGGACAAAAAAGAGCUGUUUCUGUAACUGUUAGUUUUGUCCAGCUUCUGAGAAGUUGUCCCAAUGUUUGUUUUAAUAUUCUUGCUGACUUCCUCAUUAUUACUGGGGAAUGUUGUAUCUAACUAAUUCUGGACACCCUUCUGUAGCAGGGGAGCUGGAAGAGACCACAGGCUUUCUGUCUGCAUGUGCUUCCCUGAUAAGCAGUGAGAUUUGACCUGGCCUUUCUCACAUCUACAUCCAGUGAGCCCUAAAGAGAAGUCACUGCUAAAGAGUACUGUUUGCAGCAGUGGUCACAUCAAGACUCAUCUUUCUGACUUAAAGACUGACGUUGUGAUCCUUCCUUACAGUGAUAGCUGUUCUUUUUAUAUAUGCUUUACAAUAGGAAAAGCACACGUAAGCAAACAAUCUAAAGGUUACCUGUUCUUCCUGGUAAUGUUGGCACACCCAUGUGUGUAUAUAUGUGUGUGUAUUCCUGAAUGUGCAUAGCUUUGUCACUACUAAAACAGACCCCACCUUGCUCUGAAAAGUAAUAUUCAGGAAUGAGGAACUGCACCCCUUCCCCAUGCUGCAGCAUCCCCAACUGACUGUAAAGCUUGUCUGGGUUCCCCUGGCUACCAUGUGCACUACUGACGCAUGUUGGUUUGGAUUCUGUGCAGACCAGAAGUUUCAAAAUCAGCUAAUGUCUUUGUUUAUUUUUAAAUUGCUUUGUAUGUCACAAAAUAUAAGCAAAAAAUUAGGUGUUUUGGAACAGAAAGUACAAAAACAAGCAAGACUCAUUAUGAUCUCCAUGCUUCCCAUUGCCUUUUGUCUUCUUCCUUGUCACUUUCAGGAAAAAUGCUAUCCGUAUCCUUGCUUGCAGCAGAACAAAAGACAUGAAUGAAGCAAUGUUGGCCUGAAAAAAGUUGCCAUGCAAGACAUUUGACCUGGAAUAAUCAGAACUCUGUUAUGUGCCACUGUUCGAAACCUGGAGCUGUUCAGCAUCUGUGCUUGGAGGGCUUCCUGCUGCAGGGGAUCGUCUAAGUAAUCUGCUUAGUAGUGUGGAGGUGAUACCAUUAUUAAUUUGGGAAGAGUAGGAAGGGAGAAUCUGUUCCUUCUCUCUGCUCAGCACCUUCCCUGUAACAGUUGAAACAGCAGGCUUCCAGGAGGCAGAUGUAGUCGUGAAGCCCUAUAAGGAUUGACAUAGCAGGGAAAAAUAAACUGAAUGCAUGAGGAAAGCCAGUGAGUAGCCUCGUGUGCCAGGUUUCUGCUUUGUUUUUAUAUUAUAUGCCUCAUUCCAAGCCAUGGCUUCAGUGAGACUAAGAGAAAGGAGUGAUGGAAUAUUUGGCAUUUGCAUUCAGAGACCUGUGGAAAACCCCAGCUUUAUAGAGAUGGUGUAUGUGUUCAUAGUGGAAAACGGAGUUACUUCACUGUCAUUUCCCCACUUGCUGCAGAGCUUAAUAGCUGAUUUCCCUGCAAGCUGCCACUACUCCUAGUGUUAACUGCUGCUGUACUUAGAGCUAGGUAUCUUCUAGUCAGAUCUUAAUAUGGGCCUGAACACAUUUCUGUAUAUGAAGUCUGCCUGAAACUCCUGACCUCCUAUUUUCUAUGCGUCAUGGAUUGAUGCAGACAAGAAGUGUGUCCUGUCUGUCCUGCCCCGUUGUGAUUUAAAAGCACUGAUAACUGUGAAGCCUUAGAGAUGAGGAGUGAGGAGCUUUUCUCAGGAAAGACAGAUCGGUCACUCUGGAAAGAAUCUUUCCUUUGAAGUUUUUAAGCUGGUCAUUACUGGCAAUACUCAACUCUUGGAAGGUUGUAUUCUGUUGGAAAUUGUUCCUCAAGAACUGGAAGAAGGGAUUUUUCUUGCUUUGAUUAGGGGAAUAAUAGGAAUGAACACAAGGGAGCCCACUGUUUUUUACAAGACUGAAAGGGUCAAGGUAAAAAUUAACAGAAUGGCCCAGUUUCAAGUUAUGCAGAUUGUAAAUAUGAACAAUAGUGUGGAGUAGUUGUGACUUAAUCUUGUGCGCCUUAUUUUUUCCUCAGUAGCCACCCAGCACAGACUAACACUUACUCUGAUUGAGUACAUUCCCCCUCCUGCACUUAGAGGGAACACCAUGUGCAUGUGCCUGCACCGAAGUACCCCAGCUAGCUGUGAGCACAGAGCUCACAUUAGGCUGAUUUACCUGUUUACUCAGCAUCUCUACAGUGUGCUUCUGUGACAGCAGUCUAGACAUACCCAUAUUGGUAUAAGUCACCUUUAUGUAAGUUGAACUACACACACUAGGGCUUUUACUGCUAAUAAACUGUCUCUCUGUUUACAGAUCAUAUCCUUAACCAAAGUCGUAUCAUGCAUACUGUUAAAAAAAAAUUCUUAGAUUUAGACCACACCUACAAAAUAUUGUGUGGAACAUUCAGUGAAAGCACGCUUUCUCUUUUUGUUUAAUUUGAAAACACUUUAGGCAAUGCAGCUAUUACUGGUUUAUUAAAGGACUUUGAAGGUGGCACUUUAAGGUAAAACUGACAAGUGAGAAUUCAUGUUGGACUGCUUCGUGGCCAGUUCUAGUUUCCAUAGAAACAGUCAUGGUAGUAAAAGGCAGGUAAGUAAAAUGGAGGUUUUAAAAGCAGUCAGCAUUUUUACAUUACCUUAAAAAUGUGUGUUUCCAUAGAAAUGGAAUACCUUAGGAAAAAAAAUUACCAUACCAUUUUAAUAUUUAAUAUCUCAAUAUUCUGGCAAAAUGCAAGCUGUUUUUCUGGAGAGGAGACAAAGAACAGAAUAACUCUGCCUUCAGUUCCUCAGAUCUGCUUACACGAGAGGAAAAAUAGUUAACUUCAUGCCUCAGUUUCCUCUUUGUAAAUUGUGGAUAAUAUGGUUCCCUCUGUUGUAGGACACGAGCCCUGUUUUUUGGUAACACCAAUCAUUAAAAACUCUUGAGAUCUGCAGGUGAGGAAUGUUAGAGAACUCUGUGGAUGAGUGGUAAUGUGUGAAUGAAUGGCUGGAGGCUGGAGCAGGAUUUAGCUCUAAUCCUACCUCUGCUUUUACUGUCGGCUUUAUCUUUCUCUGACUUUUUCAUGCAUGUUGCUUUGCCUGUCAUGUCUUUUUGAUCUCCAUAUCCUAUGAGGCAAUUAUGAUAUCCUGGUUCAUAUUUGUAUAGAAUGCUUUUGAUGGAAUCCUGUUCCCUCAUUAAGUCAUUAGGGAUCCUCUAAUACACAUGAUGGCUUCCUGAAAGUAGAAAUCCAGAUACGUGGUUUCUGAACUUUCUUGUUAUCAAUUCUUUGGACAGUAUUUUUGUACCCAUGAGGGCAUGUAUGCAAACUACCUGAGAACUGAAGCUUUUAUUUUUGACUAAUAAAAUGAUUUGCUAUAUGAAC